CCGCCCCAGCCUGCGACCUCGCUCCUUCUCUCGCCCGGGGGCCCCUGCCGGUCGCUCUCCGGGUUUCGGCGCGGCGGGGGCGCCCACGGGGUGCCCUCGCCCUCUGGGUGCGUGUGGACGGGAGGCGGGCGGGAUGUGGCGCCUGGUGCCCCCGAAGCUGGGCCGCCUGUCCCGCUCGCUGAAGCUGGCGGCGCUGGGCAGCCUGUUGGUGCUGAUGGUGCUGCACUCGCCGUCGCUGCUCGCCUCCUGGCAGCGCAACGAGCUGGCCGACCGGCGUUUCCUGCAGCUCAAUAAGUGCCCGGCGUGCUUCGGCACGAGCUGGUGCCGCCGCUUCCUCAACGGACAGGUGGUGUUCGAGGCGUGGGGCCGCUUGCGCCUGCUGGACUUCCUCAACGUGAAGAACGUCUACUUCGCGCAGUACGGUGAGCCCCGCGAGGGCGGCCGCCGCCGAGUGGUGCUCAAGCGCCUCGGCUCGCAGCGCGAGCUGGCGCAGCUCGACCAGAGCAUCUGCAAACGGGCCACCGGCCGACCUCGCUGCGACCUGCUCCAGGCCAUGCCCCGCACCGAGUUCGCGCGCCUCAACGGCGACGUGCGGCUGCUCACGCCCGAGGCGGUGGAAGGCUGGUCGGACCUGGUGCACUGCCCCUCGCAGCGCCUGCUCGAUCGCCUGGUGCGCCGCUAUGCCGAGACCAAGGACUCGGGCAGCUUCCUGCUGCGCAACCUCAAGGACUCGGAGCGCAUGCAACUGCUGCUGACCCUGGCCUUCAACCCCGAGCCGCUGGUGCUACAGAGUUUUCCAUCUGAUGAAGGUUGGCCAUUUGCAAAAUAUCUUGGAGCUUGUGGAAGAAUGGUGGCUGUAAGUUAUGUUGGAGAAGAACUGUGGAGUUACUUUAAUGCACCAUGGGAGAAACGAGUUGACCUCGCUUGGCAGUUAAUGGAAAUAGCAGAGCAGCUUACAAACAAUGACUUUGAAUUUGCACUCUACCUCCUGGACGUCAGUUUUGACAAUUUUGCAGUUGGUCCUAGAGAUGGGAAGGUAAUCAUUGUGGAUGCUGAAAAUGUUUUGGUUGCUGACAAAAGGUUAAUUAGACAAAAUAAACCUGAAAAUUGGGAUGUAUGGUAUGAAAGCAAAUUUGAUGACUGUGAUAAGGAGGCUUGCUUAUCAUUUUCAAAAGAAAUUCUUUGUGCUCGUGCGACUGUGGACCACAAUUACUAUGCUGUUUGUCAGAACCUCUUAUCCAGACAUGCCACCUGGCGUGGCACUUCUGGAGGACUUCUUCAUGACCCACCAAGUGAAAUUGCCAAAGACGGCCGACUAGAGGCCUUGCUGGACGAGUGUGCCAACCCAAAGAAGCGCUAUGGCAGAUUCCAGGCUGCAAAAGAACUGCGUGAAUACCUAGCACAAUUAAGUAACAAUGUGAGGUAGUCUAUGGUGAAUUUUUCUUUUCUCCAUUUAAAUAGCACUGACUAAAACUAAACCACCAAAAACUAUCUGGAAAAAUGAAAUUUGGAAGUAAUACAUUCAGAAGAUAACUUGCACUGAUAAAUCUUAUGUUAACAUCAAAAUAAGACAUUACUUCAAAAAUCUUGUGACGCUUCUGCAAAUAAGUUUGUUCUUACACUUUGGAGACUUGAGCUAUCAUCAUUGACUGCUUUGCUCCCCCGAAUGCCUGAGUGAAUUUAUGAAUAUUGUGAAGCUAUUGGAAAUGAGUCUGAUAGUUACAUUGGCUUGUGUAUCAAAAGGUACUUGGUAUUUGACUUAGUUUGCAUUACUAUCAUGAUUUUGUGAAUCUCUUGCAUUUACUUUGAAUGUCAAGUUAGAUUGGCCUGUUUUAUAGGCCAUUUUUUCCUUCUGAUGUAUAGGUGUUUUUUUCCACUCAUUUUUAUGUUUUUUUUUAAUUAAAUUUUACACAUUCAGGUUA